GGAGGCUGCCAGUUCCUCGCACGUUUUUUUUCCCUUAUUUAUGUUUAUUCAUCUCCGCUUGCUGUCGACUUUCUCGGAUUGUCCUCAUCAAUGCCUGAUCAACGAAAUACUUCGCACCGCACACACCAAACAUAAUCUUAUCACACUCCUGCAAAUAAGUUGCAUCGAAAAUAGAAGAAAGAAAAAAUUUUCGUCUUGUCCAAAACAACGCUUUAAGGAAAGGAAAAUAGCUAUAAAAAAAAAGCUUAUAUGCGCAGAGCAUCGCACCACUCACUCACGACACAGCGGGCAAAUACAUGCGUAUUUACUAGACUAGCAAUAUUAGCAAACAAACAAUAAGAUACAAAGUCACGAAAAGAGCUGUAGUGUCGCUCGAGAGCUCUAUGUGCUCCAAAUGUGCAGAUGAAAAAAAGCUAAUAAUCAAAAGAAACUUGUCGGGCCACUUGAGCGACGAAAAUUUGCUCGCGAGGACAACAUCAUGCGCAACGAGAUUUCAGCGGCGGUGCUGUUCCUGGUGCAGCUUAUAGAAAAAAACGAAAAAUUUAGUCCCGACCAGCUGGACUGCUUUCAGCGCCGGAUGGUCGAACUGAUGACUGAGCGCUUUCAGGAUCAUUGGUUUCCCGACAAGCCCUUCAAAGGUCAAGGGUACCGAUGCAUACGCGUAAAUGGACAUAAUCGGCGAGACGCUACAAUAGAAAGAGCUGCGAACGCUGCGGGUGUUCGAUACGAAGAUUUGUCACUACCAGUCGAAUUGACACUGUGGGUCGAUCCUAAGGAAGUUUGUUGCCGAUUCGGGGAGAGCAAGGGAUCGUAUUGUACAUUAGCCUCUUUCGAUGAUAAGGAAAACAUGGUACCUCUAAUAACAAAACGUAUCGAGAAAAUCGAGAAGGAAGUAAAACAGGUAAACCAAGAGAAACCUGGUUCUAAUUCUGAGACAACAAAUAACUCUCAACAAAAAUCAAAACCAUUGAAUCAAUUAAACACCAACACCACAAGCAAUGGCAGCAGCAACUCUAGCACUAACAGCAGCAGUAGCAGCAAUAAUAACAAUAGCAACAACAAUGGUCCGAAUAAGCGGCGCAACUUGAAUAGUCCAAGGCUACACCUAAAUCGUAACCGCUCCUGGUUUAACCACUCGUUUAUGGGCUACGGCCCGCACCCCAUGAGCCAGCCUUGGUACAACGUCAUGCCACCCCAUUUUAUCGGAGGUCCCUCGCCUCCACCCUUCAUUGGUGGCCAUCGCGCCAGCAAGUGGAUUCACUCGUCCUCGUACCCGAGCGGUCCGUCACGUUUUCAUCACUGGUCCCCCAAGGCCACCCUCAAAGUGUAAGCAAGUGUUAACACGUUAACCGCCUAUUACUACUAAUCCACCACUACUCGUAUUAGACGCAGUCUGAAUAGAAGAUUUCGUUGACUAAAUCUCACUUUUGUCAUCGAGACGACAAAGAAAGCCUUAUUUUUGGAUAGAUUUUGCAAUCUUACGUAAUACUAUGGCACUUUCGUAAAUUUUCAAUAAUAAAGUUGUAUAUCAAACAUCAGAGGUAUAUUAAUAAAUAUGUACGUAGUAUGAAGGUAUAAGUAGAUGGCAUAAAUAUGCGGCACAAGCCAUGUCUAUACCUUGCGAGUGCUAACCGCGGAAUAAGACAUCUGAGUCUUUUUCCCUCUAUGGCUCGACUUCUUAGCUUUGCCUGUACACUCGAAGAUAGGAAUUAAAUUAUUAUAAUUAUUGACAUAGGUACGCAUUGGUGUAAAAAGAUAAAGUAGCUUCACUAAUUGAUAAUUCACCUGGUCGUUGUAGCCGCACUGCUCAACCUCUUCUAUCUGACUAACCUUUGCUUGCCUAUGAUUAGUAGUCAUUUAGACGGCUCGUUGAUUAGAUUGUCUAAAACCGUCAGGGUGAAGGAUUUUCAAUGGUCUUGGAGAUGUAUCUACACAGACCAAAGUUUUUAAUGCUGCAAUUAGUAUUAGUAACAUAAAAUUUUUAUCAACCCGAAUAUUUAAAUACUUGGAAACCCCUUCAUAAAGAUAAUAAUUGUCAAUUUUAAGAAUAACAAUAGAUAAUUAUGUAUAAUACUACUAACUUUAAUCAAUGUUACAAGAGUGUAUUAAAAGUUUAAUCAUUCGUUUGUUGAAACAAAUUUAAGCAUUCAAUGAAAUAUUCUAUUCAGAAAGCGUCGAAAUCUGUUUCUUAAUUCUCUAAGAGGUAAAAGGAAAAAUAAGAGUAUAUAUAUAAACAUAUAUUUAAUUAUCUUUAAAUAAUUGUAGGAAAAUUUUUUUUUUCUAUAGUUUUCAAACAAAGACUAUUCUCGUUGUUCAAGCAAAAAAAAUUUCUAAUUUUUUUUAGUACCCAGUCUACUAACAAAAAAAAAAAUUGUAAAAAUAAAAUU